GGAGACUGGAAGCUAAUCCUGUUUCCUUUUUUGUUUUGGCGCUCAACAUGAUUUCGCGAUGAAAGAAGGCAGUUUGUUAUUCCUUCAAUUUUGAAAGGUACGAGGAGGCAGCUCUUGUACGAUUCACGAUAAACAAAUCGUAAUUAGACGUGAUUACGUGUAGGUUGUGAGGAUAUCCAUCCAUCUACAAUGUUGUACCCAGCUUAAGCUUAUGCAAUGCGAAAUCACCCGCAUAUGCAAGCUUGCAUAUUCAGAUAAUUCUGUAGUAAGCUUGCAUAUUGAUGGAUAGGCUUUGGAUAAAACUGUUAUUCGUAUAUUCAAUUUUACUAGACAUUUUGCUGUCUGAAAUCUGUCGACGGUGAUGGAAGAAACUGUCAAACAAGAAUUGUCAGUGUUUUUACACUGCAAAAUAUCCGCAGAAUCGUUAAGGUGAGUUGCUUUUCUGUCCUGUAAAUGUUCAUUGCAAGUUCUAUUCCGUAACGAUCUACCUGGUUGUAGCCAUCAGCUUUACAAAUUCAUCCAGUAGUUCAAUCUCCUUUAUAACAUUUUCCUUCGAAGUGUAUCACUAACCGAUCUGUAUCAAUAAUUAAUUUAUACAGAUUAUAUUAACAGGCGAAUUUGAGACUAUCAAAGCCGAGAGAAAUUAAGAGCCAGCUUAGCCUGUUCCAGGGUUCAGAUCGUGGGGACAGCAAAAAGAGAUGUGUCCUCCCCUUUUUCCUUGCUCUCUUAAUACAGUGAAACCUUUAUUAACCGGACACCGUCGGGCAAUCCUGUAGUGUCCGCUUAAUGCAGGGUGUAGGCCUAAUACAGGUUUCAAUAGAUAACGUCAUAUGAGGUGUCAAAUGCCAUUUAAAUGAACAGUGAAAACGUUUAGAAUACUCCCAGAGACUAUGAUGAUAUACAUUUGCAUUAAUUUCUUUAUUAAUUUAAAAGAGGACCAAUUGAUCAUAGUACCAUAAACGUAGAUUGCAACUCAAAUUUGAAGAACUCAGAUGAGCAAGACAAGCUCUACACAAACAAAACGAAAUAGAAAACAAUACUGUACUGUGGAACUAAUCAACUAGCUUUGUCAAGUCACGUUUUUUAAUGUAAAAAUCGAAAAAUUUGUGGGUGGUAAUCUUUCAAAUUUCUGGUAUCUGGCAUGUUGGGUGGUGGAAUUUAAUUAUAAGUGUCUGUUUAAUACAGGUUGGCAAUCAAGUGAAAAUCAAAUCAAAUCCUUUAUUUAGACACGUAACACCCAGGAGCACUAAAGUUCUCGUUAAAACGUGUAUGUGUAUACAAAUUAGAAAAUUUAAAAUUUAAAAAAAAAAUUAUGCUAGAAACCUAUACAUUACUACUGUAAAAAUACUAGCUAUUAACAGAUCUACAAAAUGGCUAAAAGCAGAAUCUAAAACUAAAACUAUUUACAAGCACUACACCCUAAGCCAUGUGAGCUUUAAGAGAUCGCUUAAAUGACGCAAUGUCUUGUGAUUCUCUGACUUUUGGAGGUAACGCAUUCCAAAGUUUGCUGGCUAAAAAUGUCAAAGAUCGAUGCAUAAACUCCAGAUUAAAGGGAGGUAGUUCUAGCCUUGUGCUAAGUCCACGUAAGUUGUACUGUACAUCCUUUAAAUUAAAAAAUUCUCUGAUAUAAGGACUGCCCCCUUGUCAUAUAAGCAUCUGUAUAACAAAACUAAUGAUUGGAAUUGCCUACGUUUCUCCAAGGACUUGAUAUCAGCCAUCUUGAGGAGGAAGUCAUAUAACACUUCGAAUAGCCUAAUAUAGUUCUUAAUAUAAAAUAAUUAGUUGACUCUAUUUUGGUAGUCUCCGCAUUGCCUACUCCCAGUAAAAGGGGACUACAGUACUCUAGGUGAGGGAGAACAUAAGCCUUGUAGAGACGAACUAAUACAUCCUUAGAAAUGAACUUACGUAUUCUCCGCAGAGCCGAAGCCUUUGCACAGGCCUUAUUCAGCUGCUUCUUUAUGUGCGCUUUAAAUGUUAAUUUACUAUCUAGGACCACUCCUAGGAUUUUAAAUGUAUCCUUCGUAUGGACAUUAGAAUCAUUAAGAUCGAAUUCGUACUGGUAUGAAGACAGACCAAUGGCAAUAGCUUCGUUUUAGCGGCAUUAAUCUGUAAAAAAAUUCAUUCUAAACCAUCUCGAUAGCACACUCAGAUCGGAGUUAAUUACAAACUGCAAAACCAUUGGUGAGACAUCAGAGGCGUAUUGAGUGGUGUCGUCAGCAUGCAGCCUCAACAAUAGAAAUGAUCAUUUCAAGUACUUUUUAGGUGUCCACGUCCGCCUAAUAGAGGUGUGCACUUGAUAAAGGUUUCAUUUAAAGUAAAGCCUACCUAGCUUGGGAAAAUGGCCAUCACUCCUCACUUCUUGCCCCUAGCUAUGGGAAUGUCACCAGGAAAGAUGUCUGUGACUCAGCAGCAGAAAUUCCAUAUUGAUGACAUAGAAACUGUCCAAAAUUUGGUCAGGAGCUCUAAGUGGCCAGUGUAAUAAAUUAUUAUAUUAUUGUAGCUAUUGUUUGCGAAUGACAGACAAAUGGCAAAAGGCCACAAAGGUAAAAUGCAAAUGCAAUAAAUCUAUAACAAAGCAGUCCUUCUCGGAAUAUAUUCUUCUUUAAGUAAAUAUUUGAGUUUUGCUGAAGCUCAUUCUCAUAAGAACACAAAACCUUUAGUUACCAAAGUGGACGAGAAGAAACCUAAAAUCAGACGAAUUUACAUUUGGAACCCUAAUUACUACCAGAUCAAUAAAUUAUGUGGUCAUUGAUAUAUGCUAUCAGUAUGGACUAUCUAUUACUCAGGCGCAGACGUCUCUUCAGGUGAAAUGUCCCUUGGAGCUAGGAGAGACAACUGCUUUCACAGGCUAGAGUUAGCCUGUCAAAAGCCUAAAUUGAUGAACUGAAUUCCAGUUAGUAAAUAUUUCUGCAGAUUGAGAUAAUAAGCAAGCAACUUCUGAUGAACUUAAUGAAGUACAUGUUCUUUAAUGAACAGUUUACACUACCAUACAAGAAGAUAAACUGUCCCAUACCCCUUUUAAAUUGUCCCGAAUUUAAUUUAUUAGCUUUUAUUUACUUUUUCUAAAAUCUUCCAGCUUUUCUCAAUUCCCUCCUUAAGUGAAGUAUAAAUUUCUGGAUUUCUUUGCAAUGGGUCAUAGCUUAUUCCUUUAAAUUAAAUUGAAAGUGUAUAAAUGGAUGCUUUGCUUUUAGGCUUGGUUAAAACCACUGUGUGUGUUAUUUAAUUCUGUUUGCGUUCGUUCCACGGACCAUCCUGAUGGUUUUCAAAUUGAACACCCUAUGAUCCUUUUGUCUUUUAGCUGCAUUGAUGACAUUGUUCUUGGAUAUAUAGUUAGUGUACUGGAGCAACUUGGAGAAGAUGAACAAUUUGAUGAGGAAGAGUUUGCUGAAAUAAUGGAUGCUUACAUUCCAGGCUUUGAUACAAUCAACAGGUUGUUUUUCUGACAGCAAUUCAUGUACUAAUAUUUAUAAUGUCCUUUAUCAUGUAACUUUACAGCACUGUGUGAGUGAUAGGUGCUCAAGUCUGUGGUCUUGCUGCACCUGGUAGCCCCUGGUGCCUACAUGUAACAUUAAUUUUUGUAAAAGCUUAUUUUUCCAUGGAAAUCAUAUGCAGGCCACCCUGGUAUUCAUAGGCUCAGAGGACUGGGCUCCCUUCAAUUUUUCCUAGAGUGCAGCCUUGAAAAAACAAAAGCAUUGAAACAUUCAUGCAUGAACAGACUAUUAUUAGUCUCGCUUGCAUGGACAGUGAGACUCAUGUCUGCAUAACGUUUUUCAUCGUAUUUGGGACACAAAAGAGGAGUUACUGUGCCUGGCGGUCCUAGCGGAGACCAUGAAAACUGGGACUAAGAAUUAUUGCAUGAUCAAAGCCACACAUAUUUUGCAAAGAAAGCUUAGGAAAGAUUAAAUUUAGAGCUUUUCUGAAACCUGUCAGCCCAUGAAUUCUAUCGCUUGAAAGCGUUGUUUACUUUGGAACAAGUGAACACUACCGAGUGGUUGAAAAAAACAAGAAUCUUAAUUAGCAAAACUACGAUGAUCGGGUGUUGUAAACUUUCAUUGUGUGCAAAUGGGUCUUGUGAUAAGCAUGCGGUUUAUUUUCGGCAAGGUUUGAAAUGAUGAGCCAUGUAAAUUACUUUUUUGAUCUCUGAUGUAAUAAUUACAUCAGAGAUAAAAACAGUAAGAAAUUGUUUCUCUGGAAUCGAGGCCCUUGAAUUUUCGUGUGUUUAUACAUGCAUAAAGCCUGCGACCGCAGGCAUAUUUCCAGUCGUUGCUAACACACAUCCUUAAUCAAUUCAGAAACAAAUAAAAAGUAUUGACGUCAAUAAAGUAGGAAGUAAAACCUUUAGCAAGUAAAUCCUGUUUCGUGUAGAAUUAAUCGCCUCCUCAUUUCUCGAUCUAAUCUCCAAGCAAGCAAGACUGAAUGCCACUGUAGGAGCAUUCUUGUUACAUUUUUAGUAUUCUAUGAACUUAUCAACAUGCAGUGCUAUAGAGGUACGGUGGACCCUUAGUUAUCUAGACUUGUGUGAAAAUGAUACAAAAGGCUUAUUUUAGGUGUUAUUCUAGAGGUAUCAAAAAAAUUUAGUCUGCUACACAGCCAUUUUCUGUGACAUCACACAACGCUUGUCCCACUUGUGGAGAGGAGCAUUACAUGACAAAGCAAAAAAUGGCAGUGUUUGGGUCAGAUGUGGUCAAUCCCUGUAACUCACUUAAUUAUAAAUGAGACAGACCGAGGUUAGCAAAAGGUUUACAGAGGUGGACCUCGUCUGAUCCACGCCAGGUUUUCUUGACAGACUUAAUCUAGAAGGUGGCUUUGGAGUGCUUCUGCAAAAUGAAAAAUAAUGUUGCACAAAAUUUUUGUAAGGUUGGCCACCAAAAAAAAAAAUUGAUUCAAAAUCAAAUAAAAAAUACCAUUGACGUCACAUUUGAAUGCUACUUUCUCUCCAGAAGAAAAUUACUGGUACUUCUGUGUCAAAACAAUGUACUGGUACUUUGAAAUAAAAAUCAAUGCUUAAAUAGAAAAAAUAAUAACAAAUACAUUGUACCAAUACUUCUUUUGGUUAAUAUGCAUGAACAAAUUUGUGACUAGAAAAUACCACAUGUAUCCAUAUGCAGCUGUAUCCAGGUAUGUUACAGGUUAAAUUUGAUGUCAGGUUAAAAUUUUAAAAGCUAGGUCUAUUUUCAAUUUCCUUUUCCCCUCAGGGCUAAAAAACAAAAGAAAAUUUUGAAUCAACCUAGGUUAAAUCAAAAUUAACCUGAAAUCAAAUUUUACGUGUAACAUAUAUUUACAUCAGACAUUCCCCUGUUUUAUCCUUAAAGAGCGUGUGUCUGUAGCUGGAUCCUUGGCUUGGCUGAGAAGUUAGUAUACACCAGGAUGUCAUCAAGCAGUAAUCACAUAGAAGGUACAUUAUUUUUUAAAAAAAACCUUUGGUGUUACUUACAGUCCAACAAACUCAGCCGGGACCACUGACACAAAGAGAUUUGGGGUGCUACCCAUUAACAUGGUCUAACCUGUCAAGGUAAAUGGAAGUGCCCAUGUUUCUAUUUUUUGGGUUGCUUGUAAACCACUACUUUUAUGUGAAUGUGACUGCUGGCUGAUUUUUUGUUGGCUGACCCAGGCAGGUCUCAGGUAUUUUGAAUAUAAUUGUAUUAAUAAAUUGUUAUUAAUAGUAACACUUAUUUCACUGUGUUGAUCUUAGAUUAUUUGGUGGUUCUUUACAAUACCACAGCAUACCCAAACCUAGUUUAGUAACAUGCAGAAUAAGAGUGUCUGAAUUGUCAUAACAGAGACAACUUUUUUUGAGGGGGGCGGGCAGUCUUGAGUCUUAAACAGGGUAUACAAAUUCACUGUUGACGGUGUAAAUAUUGGCAGUAUAUGGUCUAGAGUAUGUACACUUGCUGCUGGGAAUGUAUGAUACUAACAAUUUUGUUAAAACAAUCUAGUUAGAUGGUGUCAAAUUACCUUAACCAGGUAGCUUAGUAAAUAGUUUUUUUGGCUUAAGCAGAGUUUCUAAAAGCCCUUGGCAGCUUACCUGUACCCAAACUUCCCUUUACACUUUUAGUCCCAAAAGUGAUCAACAUCAAUUUUCUCCUAAGGAUGUCAAUACGAAAUCAAGAGAAAAGGCUAUGAGAAUUUAUUUUAUCUGCAAUGGUUUUUAUCAAAUUCUGUCAACUAAUUCUGUAACGAUAUUAUAUAUAGGAUCUGUCUCGAGAAUUUGUUUGUGGAUAUUGGGACUAAGAAGUUAAGGGGCCUUCUCCAUUGUCAAUCAAAAUAAUUACUAUUUAGACCUUAUAGUCAUGGCAAACUAAUUAAGUUUGUUUACCACAGUUUUUGUAAUUGCAUUUUGCUUUCAGAAGCCAACACAUUGAAAAACACAAACAGUGGCAGCUUGCCAUCCAGAUACAAAGAAGAUCACCAGAAGAAAAGUUCCUUGGAUGGGAACAGCAAAUCAAGAUGUCCAAGUCAGGGAAUCAUUGACAACAUGGCUCAAACUAUAGCAGAUGACAAGAAAAAAAGUGUAAGGUGUGGUAUGCCACAGUGGCUGGUGGUUUUUAUCUUUUUUUAGUAUAUGCAGGGUUGUACACUAGCAUAAUUAUCCUUACAACACCUACAGACCUUCAAAUUAAAAGCAAAAAAGAAAUCUAUAACUUAGAAAAACACCUUAAUACAACUGUAUUAUUUAGAAAUUAAUUUAAAUGAUGUUGUUUCUUAUUUUUUGUUUUUACAUCACUAUAGUGAAGGAGUAUCAGUGCUAGCAGAGAUGUUUCCUGAUGCCUGUUCUUUAGACAUAGAACAUUGUUUGACCAUUGCAAAUGGUGACACUGAGUCUGCUGUUCAACUAAUGCUCUUAAAGAGUGAGAGAAGUACUACAGUAGGAAAGGAGAACACCCAGGAAAUAUUAGAUUUCUCCCCAAAGGUACAUGUAUGUGGACAGAUACAUACUUUCAGAAAAUCAGUAACACUGAGCCAUUUUGUCUUCCAAGGGGGGUUAAUUGGGUUAAUUUUUACUGGGUACAGUAUAUGCAGCUGGCCUCUCAGAACCCCUAUGCCAUUAUAGUCUAUUCUGUUGCCAAUAAAUUAUAGACCCCAUCUUAGUCACUUUUGGGCAAAUGAAAUUUAGAAAAUCCAAACUUAUUCACUAAGUGACUUUCUGUUUAUAUGAAUACAUCUACCUUACAUGUAUAAAGCCUUUUAACCAGUUCAUCCUGAAAUGAGUUGACACUUUUUGUGAAACCUGAUGCAGUAAGAUUCUCCCCAUUUUUAAAUCCCUACUUACCUGAAUUUUCUGAUCCCCUAAAUCCUGAAAAAUGUGUAACCCUAUUCUAGUUUCUAGUUACUCUACUGAAAAUGCAACCCCAUCCAGCGGCACAUCCCCAUUAGCCUAUUACUUGGAAUUCCCCCCCCCACCUGGGGUUUGACUGCCUGUAGUUCAUCCACUGAUGGUCUGAAAAUCACCUGAAGGCUAUCUUACACUGUAGGUUCUUUUUUAGUGUCUAAUCUAAAGUUUUAAUUGGAUUAAAAUCAGUUUGAGCUUCUCUAACCAACUUAACAAAAAUUUUAUUUCAAUAAAGAAAUGUACAACUCUGGUUGCUUCUAGUGGUGGCACCCUAAGAACACAUGCAGAUCAAAAUACAUAACAAAUUUUGAGGUAGAAAAUGAGAGACAGUCACUUGAGUUUUAGACAUGAAGGGAUCAUCAGACUGAGUAUUCUCUUGAAAAUAUUGUACUUAACGUGUGCGCUGUUACCUGUGGGUAAUUGUUAAUGAAUUCUUUGUAACAAGUGAAGAGAUACUCCCAUGCCAUAACCAUGAAGCUGACCUUCACAAAUGUGCAAGAUAAAAAAUCAGUAUUUCGUAUUUAGGGAUACUAGAUUUAGACUAAAAAAAUCAGCAGGCUCAUUCUUUUCAGUUGUCAGAAACAGUGGUGUCACUCAAUAUAUUGUACAAAAAUGAAGAUAUGUUAAGAUCAAAAUAGUAUGUGUUAAUGACACCCUGUAAUUUAAACAUUCAAUGAUUCACAGACCCAUUGUCCUAGUGCAAAAAGACAGGAGCUAGAAGAAACAGAGCAAAAGCACCUUAAAGACCAACUGAUGGCAAGGUAACUUGUCCUUUUACAUGACUAAACAUGUGACAAAAGGCUGGACGCAUAGGGAGUCUGAUGUUAAAUUUUAGCUCUUCUAUUUGUUAUACAUGUAUUUUUGUUGAGCUUUGGUUUGUGCUAUGUCCGGGGUAGAUUGAGCCCUGAUAGGUGAAACAUUUGAAACAGCAAAGCUUGCUAGUUCUUUAUUUCUUCUCUGGUUUAUCUCUAUGAUUUUUGUAUGAUGCAUAAAAUUGAAAGGUUGUGAAGAUAACCCAGGGUUAGUGCAAAAUGUGAAUUCCGAUAUGAAAGCUUAAUUCACUUUGCUUUGAGAAAAUUAUUCCGGGAAAUGCUUUUUAACAAAAGAAAAAGAAGCCCCAAUUAAAUUUUAACACCAGGUUAGCGCUGAAUCGGUCCUAUUUGAAUUUAAACAUUCAAUGAUUUACAGAUAGUACGAAACCUCAAUUAAUGUUGGUAACUUAAAGAAUAAUUGUUGAAGCCCUUACCUCUAAUCUCAAUAAUCUACUCUGUUUAUCUAGGAAACAUUUUUUGUAGCACAAUCGGACUAGAGAAGGACGCUUGUCUUACUGGACGAGAGAGCUCUCAGUGAUCACAGCCUUCACAUUCACAGUCUUUUCUGUAUUUACUAUCUUUAUAGGUAUGGGUACGUUGAUCUUAGCCAAGACGAAAAAACACAUCAGCCAAUCCUUCAGACACAGGUAAAGAAAUAAAAUGAUAAUAACGGAAGUAUUUAUAGCACUUUUGCUAGUUUGGCCGAGCAAAUGCCUGAAACCAAUAAACUAAAUCAAACUUGACGUGGUUAAGAAACCCAACUAGCCGGAGGCAAACAAGCUGGCCGUUUGCAAGCGUGACCGCGAGGAUUUGAAUUUGGGAGUACCGUGAAUAUUAAAGUACAGCGCUCUAACCACUCGACCACUUUGCCUCCUCCAAACUCUUUCUGUGCACACAACAACUCUUAACCCAUCAUUUUAGGAGACAACGUCAGAAAAAUUUAGACGUAUUCCUACAGGAAUUGCGUCCAUGAUAUCAACUCCGUUGGGCAAGUUAAGCACAGAAUUCACUAGCCCGAUCGCAAAAUCCACUAACCCCGGGCUAUCGGACACGACUUUCUUUGCACGCUGUCUAGGACUGAAACCCAGGCAGUGCAGGAGGAAGGCAACGUGUUAUCACCACUCUUGUACUGCAUUAUCUCUUCUCUCCAAACCUUAACUCGGGAAAGAUGAUACUAUGGAUGUUAAUUAAUUUAGUCUCUUUAACCUUGAUCCUCUAAUUAGAAAGGUGUUUACCAGGGGUGUCUUGAAAACAAAGACCCUUCAGACCCCCUACCAAAUGACUCUGAACGUUAUUGAUUAGGGUUAGGAAACUGAGGGAAUCAACCUUCAAGUCAGUUUGCCCAUUAUAAUGACCUAAAUGGAACCUUAUUCACUCAGUUUAACCCUGAUUAAUAAUGUACAGAGUCAUUUGGUAGGGAGUCUUAGGGGUCUUUAUUUUCAAGACGCCCGUUUACCAGGUGUUCGUAAUUCAGACUCCACGAACUUCUCAUAAAACUCUUGAGGGGGCUAUGGCACGGGUUUACGGUCAUCUCACCACCAAACCUUCACGCCACCAACGAAUCGCUACCCAAGCCGUCGAUUAAUAAUAAUAAUAACGGAUAACUCUGGAAUAAUUGACAUAGGUAGUUUAAUAUCGGGGAUUACCUACGUAGGAGUUUUACUUUUUCGUCAAGCUUAUUAAAAUUUAAAGUCGAAAUACAAAUUUGUCCAUCCUAAUUGACGAUCCUGAUAAUAGAUUCCGUGAAUGUAAACUCAGUUGACAUUUGAGGGAUAAAAAAAUAGAUAAAAAACUGGCAGAAAAGUUUCACAACCACCAGCAAUUUCUUUGAAUUAUGAUAAUAAAGUAACGGUUAAGAGAAAUUUCCAUUCAUGAAGGUUCUCUCCAUUUGUUGUGCACACUUGGCACUUUUUAAAACAAUAAAGCUAAGUUCUAUUCUUGCUGGCGAGAAGGUUUGGAGGCGAGGUGACAUGGCACCAUGUCACGGGGAUAUUGAGGUUUGAGGUCAAUCCUGUGCUAAAGUCAUUACUUCAGUGCCUUUUUCACCAACACAAAAUGCUCCUGUGUAGAGUUACGAAGAUAUCAAACUAAGGAGAACUAAACAUAAUAUUUUUUAUCUGUGACCCGCUUUCCCGAGAUGAUUUUACCCUGUAAAAAAACUAUGGAAACGGACAAAAGUUUAAAGAAAGUGACCGCGAGGAAACAAGGUGGUUAUGAAAUUUCCGCGUUAAGAUGCACCGCGUACAUUCACACUAUUAAUUUCGCCACAUUUCUUUGACGCGCCGUUACUACACACGGCUACGACGUGAAAUUUCCUGAUGCGACGUUUAAUUGAGUACGUAAACACAAGACAACGAAAUUUUCCUUAUCUUUCUGAACUUGGGCGUGGCCCCUAAGUAUUUCACUUUCCAAGGGAGUUGCCAGGUCGCCACCGUAAGCGUGUUCGAUUGACCGAAUUCCGAAAUUAGAAUAAAUGGAAUGAACUCUAGAAAUCAUUUGUUUUUGUAUUUAUUACGUUGCGAUAUCUAGUAUUGCGUUGUUACUAGUGUCUAAGUGGUCCAAAAUUCACGGUGCAACAGAUUUGUAACGAAACGUUUCUGUAUUCUUAUUCUGGAAUACAAUCUAUCGAGCGCACCCUGAGAGAAGACUAACGUUCGGAAGGUCUUCUAACGUCUCCUAGCCCCCCUAGCCUAGGGGUAACUAUUUUCUUUCCCCUUAAGUACCAUUCUAUAAACACCAUUUUUAAAGGUCGUGUCAGUGUAACUUAAGAGACUCGUAGGCCGUAUGGCAAGUUCCCGCCACUGUUUCAGGGACGUUUAUCGAAUACCACACAGUACGCUUCGCCAAAUUUUGCAUACAACCUUUUGUUUUUAAAUACUUUUAGGAGGACUUCAUAUUCCCCAGAGCAUUUGAAAACAACCAUUUAUGAAAAAAAAUAUGGAAGGGAGAUGGGGCGAAUACAAGAGUUAGCAAGCAGCAAGAGAUUUACUCUUGCAGGCAUCUAAUGCUCUUGAACGCGAACAAUGGAUUUUGCUUAUUAGCAUUCUGUGUAUUUCAUGAUAUGUUCGACGUUUGACAUGGGCCUUAGAAUAAGUAUAGGUUCAACAUUUCUUUAUUGUUUCGUUGUUUAUUUAUGUAUUUCUCUGUUUAUUUUCUUGCAGGAUAACAAAAAACUGGUCCGAUAUCGUGACAAUCAAGUUGUGAGCACAAAAGGAGAGCGAUUUUCUUGGGUGAAACAACAGGAAAAUGAAGAAAUGAAGAAAACGUACGUAAAUUUAAAACCCGCGCGGAAGUAUCGUUUCCACUGAGUUAUUUCCUACACAUGUCGAUGUGGAUGAGUACGUGGUAGUCAGCUUCCGCCAUAUAGAAUCUGAUUUGGCGUGAACCAGUGUGAACGCUGUCAAUAAAAGCUGGGAAGAUGCAAAACUAUACUUAAUUUCAGCAUCUGCAACAUUGCUUGGGUUGGAUUGAUUUUUCACCUUAACGUUGCGCCGGCCGAUUUACAUGUGAAUACACCUCUAAGGUUCUAGUGUGCGUUUAGUUGACGCGUCAAACGACUUUUGCCACAGGGCGAAGCAAAAAAGCUCGGCCCUUUAUUGACUACAAGAAAACAUUUUACUUUUAGAAUGUUAAAGAGAUCUCAUCAGUGAGUCGCUGAGGUUGAGACAUUGUUGUUGAUUUGAAGUAGACUUUGUGACUUUUUAUGGCAAAAAACUCAGUCUUUUUUUAGCUUUUUUUCCUAGUCGCUAUUUUUACUACUAUUGUUAUUUAUACAUUACUGUUGUCCCUGACCCGUCCACAGUCGUCUCUCGUCUUUCCAUUCUCCAGGAAAUAAAAGAGGAAUGGUUGCCUUAAACGCCUUCGACCAAUCAUAACUAACGCCUGUCCACCCUAGCGACCCUAUUAAUCAUUACGCCAAAAGCUUGUACCCAUUCUUCAUAGAGUUUAUGAAGUGAGGAAUUUUAAACCUCUCCCCAGUGGCACGGAAGGUGUGAUGGGAAAAAGUAAAGCGAGUUUCCUUUCCCACCACGCCCUGCUCCGGUCGUGCACGUUACGAAGAAUGCCGAGAACCAAUCAAUUUUUUUUUCCGAUUUUCACUUUGCGUAACCUGCGAGCAAGCUCUUCCGGGAGUACAGGGGUGGGGUGAGGAAAGAGAGGAAUGAGAGAGAAUGCUCUGAAGAGCUUGCUCGCAGGCUACACUCUGCGCCAU